CCUUAGCACCAUUUGUCUGUCAGCAUAUCUUAGCAGCCAUUCUUGGUCUGUGUACCAGGCAGUGAGUCUGUGGGGACUUUGACCUGUGUAGAUCUUGAUUGGACCCAGCCCAAAUUUCUUUCAAAGUUGCACACGAGCAGAUUCCAGCAGAGUUCACCGAGCAGUGAUCAAGAUAGGAAUGCUAGCUGAUUGUUUUCUUUUAUCCUCUCUAGACAGAUGUGCGGAAGCCAAUAUUGCUUCCCUCCUCUUGCAUGCCACUAUGCCACUUAAAUCAACUGACAAUGAGGUUAAAGUUGGAACACGGACAGCUUUAUGCUCACUCCAGUAACUAAACCAUUGGGUUGUUAUCAUCAAAAAAUUUAAUCAGCUACAAAUUAAAGUGCUGAAUGAUUUAUUGUUUGUUUUUAAUCAGUCCUCUGCAUUAUGAGAUCAAUGUGCAUCAGCAAGAGUACCUUAACAGGACUCAAAGGUGAAAGGUCUCACAGCCUUUGGAUACGCUAGAGAAGCUGGUCGUCUGAUGUCAGGUAUUCCCUGAUGCUGGCAUGGCAGACUUUCUAGCUGCACUGUGUGACUCUGAUCCUUGGAACCCAUUUCCGUUGUGGCAAAAUGGUAGUGUUGGACACUGUUUCACUCAGCUGGUUCUCAGCGUGGUGCCGCACGCUGCUCUGGCCUUUGCCAGUGCGUGUUACCUUGGCACACCUCGAUCUCGCUGGCACAAUUUCUCAUGGAGCUGGGAAUGCAGGAUUAUCAUUUCUUUCAUUAUGUCGGCUCUUUUCCUUAUCGAUGCGGUGGCAGUCAACUUUCUUCCCAACAUGAAUACUUUGUGGCUCGAGCUGUUGGUGGAUUCUUUUGCUGUGGUAGCCUGGCUUGUUCAUGGGCUGGCAAUGACAGCUCUCAGCAGAUCACAGUAUCGACGUUCGUUGGGUCCAGUAGGACUGAUGUUCUUUGCUGUCCUGCCUGCCCCUGCAUCAAUUAUCAUUCUAGUAGCUGACUGUCAAAAUGGAAAAGUCACAAAUUCAGAAUACCUCUCUAGCUGGGUGAGAUUCAUUUUGAUCAGUGCAGAAUUAAGUUUGCUUCUUGUAUACAUAGUAGUGCUUGUCGUCUCGCACUUUAGAAGAGAUGGGCAGGAUUCUGAACGAGAGCCCCUGUUGCAGGGUGUGAGUACCAGAUCUGAGGAACAGAUUGCAAUUGAGGAGGGGCCAAAUUGGAUCUCUUGCCUCUUCUACUUCUGGAUGAACCCCCUCAUGAAGCGAGGGUACAAUCAUCAGCUUGUCCAGCCCAACAAUGUCUACCAGCUUCCACCAAAACUUCGCACUGAAACUAUUGAAGAACUUUUUCAGAAAUGCUGGCAGAAGUGUGCAUUCAUAGCAUCAAUGAAACACUCUGAACAAAUACCUCAACCAGAUAGGACCCAGAGCCCCCACAGAAAUUCAGGGAGUGAUCAAAGACAAUUUGGGGCGACUCAGGAAAAGACCACACUUGCUCGCAAAGACCUGGAAGUCCAUCUGUUGUCGGUCUUGCACAAAGCCUUUGGAUUUCGUUAUUACUCCCUGGGCAUAUUAAAAUUUAUAGGCAACAUGCUAGGUUUUGCAGGACCUCUGCUUUUAAAUCUGCUGGUUAAUUUCAUGGAGUCUGGUACUGAGCAAAUGUCAAAGGGCAUCUGGUACACGUUAGGACUGUUUCUGAGCACCUUUGUAGGUGCCAUCAUCCUCAACCAAUUCAACUAUCAAGUCAUGAUGGUUGGCAUGUCAGUUCGAGCAGCUGUCAUCUCUGCCAUUUAUCGCAAAGCCCUACGUGUCAAUGCUACUACUCUGUCCAGGUUUUCUGUGGGAGAGAUUGUCAGCUUCAUGAGCACUGACACAGACCGGAUAGUGAAUUUUUUUUCCAGCUUUCACGAGGUGUGGAGCUUACCGUUUCAGUUUAGUAUCACUCUGUACCUUCUGUACCAGCAGGUUGGUGUGGCAUUCCUAGGGGGCCUUAUUGUAGGGUUGCUGCUGGUACCAUUAAACAAGGUCAUUGCCAACAUCAUAAUGGAGAAUAACAAGAAAAUGCUCGGACACAAGGAUUCCAGAGUCAUGCUGAUGACUGAGGCUCUGUUCGGAAUGCGGGUAAUAAAGUUCUACACUUGGGAGGAUCACUUUAUCGGAAAGGUUGAUGGUUUUAGGAAGAAGGAGCUGCACCAUCUCAGAAUCAUUAAGUACCUUGAUGCAGUUUGUGUUUACAUGUGGGCAGCUCUUCCCAUUGUGAUUUCCAUAGUUACCUUUGUCACCUACACCCUGAUGGGACACCAGCUUACUGCAGCCAAGGUGUUUACAGCCUUGGCUUUGGUGGGAAUGCUAAUUAUGCCCCUAAAUAACUUCCCCUGGGUCCUGAAUGGGAUAUUACAGGCAAAGGUCUCCUUGGAUCGGAUCCAGCGUUUCCUGCUGCUCUUUGACCAGGAUCUCCACACCUACUAUACAGCAGGCAGACCUGAAGAUCCUAACUCGGCAGUUGAGCUGCAUAAUGCUUCCUUCUCCUGGAAACCCAGUGAAAUUUCUGAAGAUCAAAGUUAUGGUAAAUAUGAGACUGAGCAAGAUGGUAGCCUGAAGCUCUUGAAUCUGAAUCUGAUGUUGAGAAAGGGGCAACUGAUUGGAAUUGUUGGAAAGGUGGGCUGUGGCAAGAGUACUCUGUUAGCAGCAGUAAUGGGAGAACUCAACAGGCUUGAGGGAGAAGUAUACAUAUCAACACAAGUGGAAGGAUUUGGCCUGGCUGCUCAGGAGGCCUGGAUUCAGUUUGCUACAAUCCGUGAGAACAUACUUUUUGGAAAUCAGUUUGAUGGCAAACGUUACCACAAGGUGGUUGAGGCAUGUGCACUCUUGGAAGAUCUUAAGGUGCUGCCAGAUGGUGACCAGACAAGUGUCGGAGAAGGCGGAGUAACUCUCAGUGGUGGGCAGAAAGCCCGCAUUGCCUUGGCCAGAGCUGUUUACAUGGACAAGGACGUGUACCUUCUUGAUGACCCACUAGCUGCAGUAGAUGCUGAUGUGGCCAAUCACCUCAUGAAGAACUGCAUACUGGGAAGUUUGAAAAAUAAGACUGUUAUCCUUUGUACACACCGGACGGAAUUUUUGGAAGAAGCUGACAUGGUGGUAAUGAUGGAAAAUGGGCAAAUAGUAAAAAUAGGUACACCUGAGGAAGUGCUGAAAACAGAAGGUGAAAACGCUAAAACAAACAGAAAACCAAAAAAGAAAGCUGCAUCAAAGAAAAAGAGCCGAGUGGAGGAGGAGGAGACAAAAGAGACAGCUGAGGAAACUACGGAGGUCCAGCUAGAGGCCAGGGAGGAAGAGGAUGAAGAGAAGAAGGCGGGAACAGUGGCUCUGCAUGUGUACCGAUCAUACUGGCUGUCAAUUGGCAGAUGGUUGUCAUUCCUCAUACUCCUCUCAAUGUUCCUCAUGCAAGCUACUCGUAACUUAUCUGACUGGUGGCUGUCCCACUGGAUUUCUCACCUGCAAAACAAAAAUGGCUCAACACCAAGCAACCAUUCAUUGUCAGACUAUUACCAACAGAUGGAGCGAUUCAUGGGGUCCCUCUUCACACAAGAGCUGUCGCCAGAUGUCAAGUUCUACUUGAUAGGUUUUGGUGUUAUUGCUGCAUCAAACACUGUAUUCACGGCAGUCCGAGCCUUUCUCUUUGCCGCUGGUGGUAUCCAUGCUGCUGUGGUUAUUCACCACAAAGUUUUACUCCGUGUAAUGAAGGCCACAACGUCAUUCUUUGACAUAACUCCCAUUGGACGCAUUGUGAACCGUUUCUCCACGGACCUCUACAACGUAGACGACACUCUUCCCUUCAUCCUCAACAUCUUCCUGGCUGCUCUGUAUGGCCAGCUGGGCAUGGUGCUGAUGAUCAGUUACAGUCUGCCAUGGAUCAUACUGAUCCUGCUGCCACUGGCAAUCAUUUACUUCUAUUUGCAAAGCUACUACCGCUUCACUUCAAGGGAGCUCAAGCGCCUGACUGCCAUCACCCUCUCCCCGAUCUAUACACAGUUCUCUGAGACACUGAAGGGCCUCACCACUAUCAGGGCGUCCCGGGCCAUUGUCAGGUUUGAAAAGGAGAAUGGCCAUCGCCUUGAACUAAACCAGCGCUGUCUUUAUGCUGCCAAUACAGCCAUGCAGUGGCUCGACAUCAGGCUGCAGAUGAUUGGUGUUACUGUAGUGACGGCCAUUGCUGUUAUCGCUGUCCUGCAGCACAGCCUGAGUCAUGGCAAUCCUGGCCUAGUGGGUCUCGCUCUGUCCUAUGCUCUGUCAAUCACAAACUUACUCUCCGGAGUCAUUUCCAGCUUCACUCAAACUGAAAUACAGAUGGUGAGCGUGGAACGUCUGGAUGAAUACAUCACUGAGAUUCCAAAUGAGCCUCAGGAUUACUCUGUUGAGGUUUCUUCCACAUGGCCACAGCAUGGUAUGAUUUUAUUCCAAGAUGUAGUCCUUGUGUAUCGGCCUGGACUACCUACUGUGCUCAAUGGAAUUAACAUCAGGAUUAAUCCUGGUGAGAAAGUUGGGAUUGUGGGACGGACAGGCUCGGGAAAGUCCUCUCUCUUCCUGGCAUUAUUUCGGAUGGUGGAAUUGACGGAGGGUCAGAUUCUUAUCGACAGUGUUGACACACGAACUGUUAGUUUGUCAGAACUUCGAUCAAGGAUGGCUGUUAUCCCCCAGGAUCCAUUUCUGUUCAGUGGCACAGUGCGAGAAAACCUGGACCCACUGACCCACCACACAGAUCAGGAGCUCUGGGAUGUGCUUCAUCAGUGUCACCUACAUGAGGUCAUCCACAAAAUGGGAGGAUUAAAUGCAGAGCUGGGUGAGAGAGGGAAAAAUUUGUCCAUCGGACAGAAGCAACUGAUGUGCCUGGCGAGGGCUGUUCUCACAAAAAGUAAGAUUCUAUGCAUUGAUGAAGCAACAGCCAGUGUGGACCAGAAAACAGAUCAGCUGCUACAGGAGAUGAUACGCAAGAAGUUUGCAGAGAAAACUGUAUUAACAAUCGCCCACAGGAUUAACACAAUAAUGGAUUCAAACCGGGUCUUGGUGAUGGACGCUGGCACGGUAAAGGAGUUUGACUCACCUGAUGUGCUUUCUGAGGACCGAGAUUCCUAUUUCUACCAUCUCAUACACAGUAAUGAGCUGUAGUGGAGGGGCUCUGUCCCCUAGUUAACAUAGCUACUGCAGACUCGGGCCUUAGCUCUGUCAAGUUGAUAGCACAACACACACAGAGCUGAGGAUUUGGGUUAGGGAACCAGGAAGCUAAAGGCACCUUCUGCAUUUUAAACAGCAAAGGACAGAGUUUAAAAUAUAUUGCAGAUGGUGAGAAUAAUGUUGAAGGUGUGUGAUAGUUAGUCUUAUUUAGGCUGGAAACCAUAAUCCACCUGAGGAGAAGACUCUUCUGUAACCUUCCAUUCAUUCUGGUCACAAGUGACCAGCCCACCACCCUCUCCUCCAGACCCCACAUUUCCUGUUUCUACAAAAUCUGCAGUCCAGAUGAAGUAUCUUGGCCCAAAACGUCAACUGUUUACUCUUUUCCAUAGAUGCUGCCUGGCCUAAGGUCCUCCAGAGUUUUCUGUGUGUUGCUUGAAUUUCCUGUUUAUGUUCAUUUCCUGUGUCUCUAACCUGACACCCUCCCACUGAAUUACCGCUCACUCUCCCUCACUGUUGUAACGUCCCCUCAUGACUCACUUCCUGUUUCUCCCUCUGCCAGAGUCACCAUUCAUUCCAACUCACAUGACCCCUCAUGCACCUCUCCUCAGGUUCUGCAUGAUAUCCCAUUCAUUCCUUCCCCUCACAUUUGUCUGCCCAUCCCUUAUAGAGUUGACUUUCAUUAUUCCCUUCCAUCUUGCUGAUUUUCCCACCAACUUCCCUCCCUGACUUGCUCUUCAGUGCCCACCAUUCGCAGCAGUUGCUCAGUGAUAUAAUCUUCCUGGUAAUUACUGACACAAAGGAGAGCUGAGUGGGUUAUUACCUACUUCAGUACAUUGGCCAUGCUUCUGUGUUCUCCUGGAUCUCUGUCCUAUGAUUUGUUUGUUAUUGUACUGUCAUUUGAUAAUGUAAAGUAUUUGGAUGAACCUCUGAUUGCUGCUCGGCUUGUACACGCUGCUGAGGUGCCUUCCCUGAGUGAAUCAAUCAUGUGACCUGUACUGUAUAAAUAAAUUCCAGACCCACACAG